AUGCCGGCCCCCUACACCACUCAUACCACCACCGAUGAACUCGUCUCUGACUACGCCCCCCUGAUCAAGGGCAAGGUCAUUCUGACCACGGGCGUCUCCUCGGGUUCCUUGGGAGGCUUCUUCGUCCAAGCCAUCGCGAAGGCCAAACCUGCGUGGCUCAUCCUCGCCGCCCGCAAUGCCGACAAGCUAGCCCAGAUGGCCGCGGAGAUCACCGCAGCCCAGCCGGAGAUCCAGGUCCGCACGCUCCAAGUUGACCUGGGCUCCCUGAAAAGCGUGCGGGAGGCCGCCGCGCAGGUCAACAGCUCGUGGGACGACAUUCCCGUGAUUGAUGUCCUGGUCAACAAUGCCGGAAUCAUGGCAGUGGACUACCAGCUCUCCCCCGACGGGUUUGAGUCCCAUCUGGCCACGAACCAUCUCGGCCCGUUCUUGUUCACCAAUCUGAUCAUGAAGAAGAUUGUGGCUGCCAGGGAGCCAAGAAUUGUGGUGGUCAGUAGCGAUGGUCAUCGCUUGAACCCGUUCCGGUUCCAUGACUAUAACUUUGAUGAUGGGAAAACGUACAACCGCUGGUACGCAUAUGGUCAGAGCAAGACCGCUAAUAUGCUGUUUGUCAUUUCGCUGGCCCGGAAGCUUGGGAUGAAACAUAAUCUCCAGGCUUUCAGUCUCCACCCAGGAGUCAUCUGGACCAACCUGGGCAAUCAUUUGGACUGGGGCGUGGAGCUUGGUGAACUGCGGAGCGCGGACAAGUCUCUGGGUAACCCGGAAGGGUGGAAGGAGUUCGACGCGAAACCACUGGAAAGAGGAGCCGCAACCCACAUCUACGCGGCAUUUGAUCCGUGUCUCAAGGCCACCAACGGGGCCUACCUGAUCGACUGCCAUGUUUCCGAUCCGCUGGUGGACACGGUCAAACCAUGGGCUACGAGCAGCUUUGAAGCCGAAAGACUGUGGCGACUCAGUGAGGACUUGGUUGGACAGGAGUUCUCCUACUAG